CCGCCAGUAACAGAAUUCCUUCCAUGCAAGUUGCCGACUGAUGAGAACUGGUCCAAACCGUGAUCUUGGGUCCAGUUGCUUGAACUGACUGUUACACAGCGUUUCCUCAACCGCGGGUGCGUGAAGACGGUGAAGUUUCCGAGAUCAUACAUCAAGGGUGCGCUAGGUACCUGCAUGGUUGUCAACCGUCGCCUUGUCCCGUUGCCCGGCGCAGGUUUGGCGAUGCUGAAAUAGAAGAUCGCAGUCUGAUGGGGAGGGAGAGGGCCUUUUUGCCGUCACAUCAAACUCGCCAUGUUGUUCAGAAGACAGAAGUGCUCCGGUGUGCUGCAGUCAAGCACUUUCUGUGUUUUGUACCCGUGUAAAGCGAGGCCGACCAUUGUUGUCGGGGGAUUAGUACGUCCGGUGAUGAAUGGAUUUGAUGUGAGGUGAGCGAGAAGAGUUGCGUGUUGGCGCACAGACACCAUCCAUCCAACUCGGCCAGCUUCUUCCCCGCACAUUCCCCCAGCGCCAUCCGGGCAAAGCACUCGGCGAACUUGCUCUCCACCACCACCAGCCAGUCCGGACUCUGCAUCGCGUUGACUCGAAGUGUGCCGACGAGAUAGUUGUGUGGUGCCAGUGUAACGCAAACGGUGCCAGUGAUGGGUACCUUCCAACCGAUGGAACAGCCCAGCGCCGAGGAGGUAUCGCAGCUGAGACAUAACUUCACUUCCGGAGAAUCGUCUGAUGAGCAUCUGUUUCGAUGCUGGAAACAUCAGGACUGUAGGGCGUGUCUGGCUGAAAGCCAGUGUAGCUGGUGUCCAAUGGUUGGUUUGCGGCUUCUUGCAUCCCAGACAGACAGAGCGAUUGCUGACAUCCUUGGCCUUGGGCAGACAUCCGCUUGUGUCCCGAAUGCGUACUCAAUCCCCUUGCUGGCGCCUGCCUACAAUGAGAAUAUCUGUCCGCACUGGGCAGAACGCUGGGAACUCCGUACCAAGCCGCUGGGCUGUCAGGUCUCGACCAUCACGAGUUUAACGUCCAUAAUUUCCAUCAUCUCCACUCUCCUUGUCGUUCUUCUAGUGGCCUUGGUUGUGCUUGGCGUCCGCUGGGGCAGACGUCGUAGCAAACAAGAUCCGAACUGGUGGAGAGUUUGGACGUACGGGUGGAAACAGUUCUUUCUCCGGAAUGGGGCACGAGACGCGAAUGGAGAACAAGAUCCGUUACUCGGACAUGAUCACAAUGCACGACAAGAGGGGACACGAUCAGGCUCGUGAU